AUGACAGAGCCAGGCUCUCCAAGUCCUCCUCUCUGCGCACUCGCAGCGACGCCCAGCAGAGGAAGAAAUUUAUCCUCGUCCUCAUCUCGAAAUGGCCUCUUCUCUGAACCAUCAUCAUCAUCAUCAUCGUCAUGGCCACACCAACACCUCCGAGCACAAGCAAGGGCGUUCCUCUCGUCCAAAACAAAACACUACAUCGUCCUAGCUCUGGUGGCAUUGGACGUAGCAUCCAUCGUGGCUGACGUCUUUGUCGCCCUAAUAGCCUGCGACUUGAAGCAGGAGAGUGCAAAAUGGGUGGCGGAGACGAGGGAGGGAUUGCAUGUGUUUGGGACGGUGGUCAGCUCGCUGUUCCUGGUUGAGUUGGCGGGGAUGAUUUGGGCUUUUGGAGCUGGCUUUGCUGUGGAUGUUGUCAUGCUGGUGUUGCAUGGAGGCGGCAUCGAGGAAAUUGCGGAGCUGAUCAUUGUCCUGCGUCUCUGGAGGCUUAUCAAGAUCAUUGAAGAGCUUAGUGUUGGAGUGUCUGAGGGGAUGGAACAGAUGAGGAAGAGAGUUGAGCAGUUGGAGAGGGAGAACUUUGAACUAAAGAGAGGAGCGACAGAUCAACUUGAGACGCACGAGGUGUGA